UCGACCACAAAAUGUUGUGAAGAGGCACAGAUGAAAAGGGAGGUGCGUUAUAGGAACCAACCAGCUCAGCAGAAGAACAAAUGUGAUAGGUCCAUGUCUGCCUCUUCAGCUGAGAGCUACAACACAAGUAGCUCGGACGACGAUGACGACGACACCAAUCCGCGGGAGAGCAUUCAGAAAACGAGCAAGGGGUUUCAGGAUUUUUGCGUUAGGAACAUGCAGCAAGCGGCUUUCGGCAGAAGGGAGAUUGAAAUUGCCGAGCAAGAAAUGCUCGGUUUAAUGACCUUAAGAAGAAAAGGUCAAACUGACAAGCCCUUGAUUGGGGCAAAGAUCAUUGGAUGCACGCACAUCACUGCUCAGACUGCUGUGUUAAUAGAGACUCUACACUCUCUUGGUGCCCAAAUCAGAUGGUGCGCAUGCAACAUAUACUCAACACAGAACGAAGUUGCAGCGGCAUUGGCUGAGGCGGGCUUCUCAGUAUUUGCUUGGAAGGGCGAAUCAGAGGCCGACUUUUGGUGGUGCAUCGAUCGCUGCAUCCAAUCAGAUAACUGGCAGCCUAAUUUGAUAUUAGACGACGGUGGCGAUGCGACCCACCUAAUCCUAAAAAAGUACCCCGCCAUAUUUGGAUUAGUGAAAGGAAUAGUGGAGGAGAGUGUGACCGGGGUGCAUAGGUUGUACCAGCUCUCCAAAUCGGGCAAGUUGUCGGUGCCCGCCAUGAAUGUUAACGACUCGGUCACUAAGACAAAGUUUGACAACAUGUAUAGCUGCAGAGAAUCAGUCUUGGACGCAUUAAAAAGAACCACAGAUAUAAUGCUCGGCGGCAGGCAAGUUGUAGUCUGUGGCUACGGAGAGGUCGGUAAGGGCUGUUGUCAAGCCCUGAAGGGCAUGGGGGCGGUUGUCAUGGUUACGGAGAUUGAUCCAAUUUGUGCUUUGCAAGCCUGUAUGGACGGUAUGAAGGUAGUUAAACUGAGCGAGGUCAUAAAAUCUGCCGAUCUCGUCAUCACGUGUACAGGUAACAAGAAUGUAGUGACGAGAGAUUUGAUGGACAAGAUGAAGAACUCUUGCAUCGUCUGCAACAUGGGACAUUCUAAUAACGAAAUUGACGUGAACAGCCUUCGUACCCCUGACCUGACAUGGGAGAGGGUUAGAUCCCAAGUCGACCACAUCAUCUGGCCAGAUGGUAAAAGGAUAAUAUUGAUAGCUGAGGGUCGCCUAAUAAACCUCAGCUGUUCAAGCAUUCCGUCGUUCGUUGUGUCUGUCACGGCGGCCACACAAGCUCUCGCCCUCAUUGAGCUCUUCAAUGCACCUGCUGGUAGAUACAAACAAGACGUCUAUCUACUGCCUAAGAAGAUGGACGAGUACGUGGCCAGCUUACACCUGCCCAGUUUUGACGCUCACCUGACAGAGUUAACGGACGAGCAAGCAAAAUAUCUAGGCCUCAGUAAGUGCGGACCUUUCAAGCCUAAUUAUUACAGAUAUUGAUACAGCAGCAGUGUUAAUUGAAUGUCCGAUUGAAAGAUCGAGAAAGCUUAUUUCUUCAUAUGCAACAUCUUCGCCAUCAUCAUCGUCGU